CGAGAUCCAUGCAGGCAAAACACGCAACCAACAGACACAAAAACCAAAUAAAAAGACCAACAUCUAACUUAGCUAACAGCAAAUAUAAAAAAUGGCUCGUAGUGCUGAAAAGGCAAUGGCAAUAUUGUCCAGAUGGACAACCAUGAUGAAUAAUGAAGAUAAACCAGUGGUGCCAACAAGAAGGCCAUUCUUAGCAACCGAAUGUAACAGUUUAAAAGAGUCAGAGAAAUGGCGACAUCAAAUUAUCAGAGAAAUUUCUAAGAAAGUUGCACAAAUUCAAAAUGCCGGUAUGGGAGAAUUUAGAAUUAGGGAUUUAAAUGAUGAAAUCAAUAAACUUUUGCGUGAAAAACGACAUUGGGAAGACCGUAUUGUUGAGCUAGGAGGGCCAAAUUAUGGUAAAAUUGGUCCAAAAAUGUUGGAUCAUGAAGGAAAAGAAUUGCCUGGAAAUCGUGGGUACAAAUAUUUUGGUGCUGCAAAAGAUUUGCCAGGCGUUAGAGAACUUUUUGAACAAGAACCGCCUGAAGUGCCAAGAAAAAAUAGAGCUGAGCUUUACAAAUACAUAGAUGCUGAUUAUUAUGGCUACCGUGAUGAUGAUGAUGGUGUUUUAGUGAAACUAGAGGCUGAGGUGGAAAAGAAGGUAAGAAAAGAAGCCCUGGUGGAAUGGGAAAAAAAAGUUAGUAGUGGAGAAGUUGUUAUGGAAGAAGAGGAAACAAAUAUUUAUGCAACCGAUGAUAAAGACAAUGAUGCAGAAAUGGGAGACGAUACUCUCACUGGUGAUAAACCAUUUGUUUCGCAUGUCCCAGUACCUAGUCAAAAGGAUGUGGAAGAAAUGCUAGUCAGACGAAAGAAACAAGAACUGUUAGAUCGAUACGCUAGUGAAUUGCUAAAAGCACAAAGCUCAGAAGCAAAAACUUUAAUGGGAGUAUAAUAUUGUAAAAAUCUGUUUAUAUUACAUAAAAUUGACUGGUGUCUGCUAGGCAAUGUUUUUUGCAUUGUAAAAAAAAUAUUGUGAUGUCCAUUAUUGUGAGAUUUAAAUAUUAAAACAAACAUGAAUAA